AUGCAUCAUCGAGGCUCGUCACCCGUUUUUGACACGCCUGAAUUUCCGCCUUUGAGAAGGCUCAAGCCGUUGCCUAAGCGUAGACGCACGUCCGAUUGUUCUACGGGCACCGUGGCAGCGAAUCAGGACGUCGAUAUCCUCAACUUACCAGCUCCCAUGGCAGGUUUCUUUGGCGGUGCCCAAUCAAUUGGAGAGGAACUCAUCACGCAGGCCGGCUCGCUUACGUCCCAAAUAGCUCUGCAGUCCUAUUACGCAUCCCUGCUUACAAGCAGUGGAGUGGGCAUUGAUGAUGCACACGAUGGCAGUGCGCGAGGGAUUCUCAAUGAGGCUCACGCUGAGGAUCUCUCUGGAACCCUCGGACAGUCAUUGGAUCUGAACAUUGUCUUCCCGCAUCCCACGGACGAACGUUUCACUUUGGAGAGGCAAGACGAGGGUCAGAGCGAAGGAGAUAGCAUGGAUCAUCUGCAGCACCCGGGGAACACAAAGAAGAGGAAAGUUCCGAUGAACAUGUCCAGGUCUGCAAGUUGGCUGGAGCUGCCAUUACGGGGUGAAGGAGACAUCGCUGACGGGGCAUUGUCGAUGGGACAAUUUGGCCAAGAUCUGGAUUUUUUGGUCGCUCCAUUACCGGUGGCUCAGACAACCAGGAAAGGAAAGAUCUCCCCUUCUGCACUCGCAGGUUUGCAGCACAAAGAGCUUCUCAAACACAGAAAACGCCAGCUUGCUACCGUGCUCGGCACUUUAUCCUUGGGUGACAUCCUACCCCUUGAUCAAGCGAUCUCGACCCAUAUUCCUUUCGUCGGCACGAUGCUGGACGCAUCCUUCGAUACCCACAAAGCUCGGGCUGCAAAAGCCAAAGCGCUGUCGGACGCGAGCAACAGGGCCGUGUUCCCUACUGCCCAAUUCACGUUUUCUUACCCGAGUGCGACCUCCGAGCACUUGCUCGCCACAAAACAGGAGAUGCUGGCAUUACGUUCGCGCUUUGAGGCCGAGCUUGCACGUCAAACAAGCAAGGCAGCGAAGACAGCUACCCAAGCUAAAAAGGCAAGUGUCGAAUCUACCAAGACAUCUCGACCCAAGCGGUCGGAGAAGGCACAACAGCGCCCGCGUACGGUCUCAAUUGAUCGGGCAGUGGAUCUUUCCAAGCCGCCCUCUUUAGGCAAGUCUGGUAGAAACAAGAAGAAAACCAGCGUCGCUUCGGAUCAGCAGGAUCGAAAGAACUAUGUCCCAUCGCGCCUCGCCGCCAUCGUACCAUCUAAUCAAGCCAAUGCCAAUCUAAAUGUCCAGAAUCUGCUUGGAACCCAUCCUUUCCGGUUUCUAUCUGCCAACAUACCUCCGCGCAGACGGAAAAAGGCUGUCGUAACGCCGACGGCUCAGAUCAUAGAUCCCGAGGAAGAAUGGAUAUGCCCACAUUGCGAAUACUCUCUGUUCUAUAGUGAUGGGCCUGAAUACAAGCGCGCAAUCCGGAACCGCAAGAAGGCACUACAACGGCGACGGCGGGCGCAAGAGCGUGCUGCAGGUGGAUUGAGUACACCAAAAACACUUGCUAAGGCUGCGUCGGUUGACGGAAAUUACGACGAUUACGGCCAAUUCUCCGCCCGAUCUCCCGCUAUCUCCAAAUCUUCUGAAUGGAAACAAGGACUGGACGUGAAGGGAGUGGAAGGACAGCAACAUCUACAAUCAGGAUAG